GCAGGGCAGGUGAUACCAGCCAACGGACACAGAGGAAGGAGGACCAAGAGCUGACACAGCCAGAGCACACAACCACUCUCUCACACACACACACACACCACCACCACACACACCUGUGACUCCAGCAGAGUAUUCAGACCAGUACGGAGGAGGACUUAAGCCUAGGCAGAGACACAGUUAACAGCUCAAAACUCCCUGGUGGGAUCUCAGAAGUCAGUUGACUUUGGCUCCAGAAAAAUGCUUUUUCGAGUGCAAGGGCAGUGAGGUGACCGAGAGAGAUAACGAGAGGAUCAUCUGACACCUUCUUCAGUCAACAGAUAAUCCAGAAGUUAAGGACAAAGCAGGAAGAGGGAAGAAAGGUGUCCAAUAGAGGCGGAACAAAGGAGAGAUUGGAGAUGGAACAGCCUCAGCCGAUUUGGCACACACAAACAGCAAUCCAGGAUGUGGCUGGACCGCUGCAAAAGAAGUUGUCAGUCAUGAGCCAGAGCCAGCUGGAGUGCGUCAUUUGCUACAACAGCUACGACAACGUCUUCAAAACACCCAAGCAGUUGGGGUGCACCCACACCUUCUGCCUGGAGUGCCUCUCCCGUCUCAUGGUAGUCUCGCAGACAGACCAGAAUGGCGACGAUGGCAGCAAAAACCUCACUUGUCCCUUCUGCCGCCAACUCACUACGCUGUCUGAGGAGGGACCCCCGGGCCUGACUACCGACCAAGAGGUCCUGUGCAAGUUGCCCAGCCACCAGCAGCAGGAGGAGCCAGUGUGGAUAGAGGGGCAGAAGCUAUGCUACAAAACCCCGAGGCAACCCGGCAUGGGCACACCUGACAGUCCCACGGCCUUCUGCGUCUGCAUCGACAUUGGGGCCACCAAGCCAGUGAUUGCCCCAGUCCCGACACGUUCCCGUUUUGGCCUGCUGGACCGGCUGGCAGACUGGAAGAGAUUGGUGCUCUUCAUUGUGCUCAUGGUGCUGCUUGUUGUCGUCGUGUCGUGGCCACUGCAGUGUGUAUUCAACACUGGAAAAUUGCGCUGUACGAAAGACGACAUCAGCCCCACUAACGCCUCUACUCCCAGAACACUUAGUAAUUAAGAAUAAACUGUCAGAGUGAAGGGACGUCACUGUAAAUGUAUAUAGUAUUGUAAAUUUAUAUAUCAGUAAUACUUUCAAUAUUUGACACUGUAAAUUUUUUGUGCAUAAUUGCAGUUGUGAUAAGUGCAAAUGGUUUUUGCUACACACAACACCUCAGAUUUUAAACCUGCAUUAGAACCACAGAUGUUAAAGCCACUAUGUGUAGGCUUUUUACAUUUCGAGCAUUGGCACCCCCCAGUGGUAGUUUCAAAAAAGACACUGUAGCAGACCUGACAAGGGGACACUGAGACAAAUGUGCUGUACCAAUUUUCACCUGAACUUUAUGCCAUUUUCUACAAACAACAACUCAUUCCACCAAAUAAUUUGAAAGAUACUAUAAUCAUUAUAUGAUUCCCCACAUAAGGGCUUUAACUCUACAAAGCUGGAGAUCAUCUUUCUCAACAGUCCUACAUAAGCAGGACGUUACUAAACUGUUCAUACAGGCUUGUAAAGACUGACAUACAGUAUGUCUACGUACUUUCACUCAAAUCAUUUUCAGUGUCACUAACACAUUCACAGAUGUCAUAUGUUUGCACUUUAAUCAACCUGUUGUUUGAAAUUGAACAAGAGAUCGAGUUGUGUGCCACUUGAAAAUGCGCCUCAGAUCACACUGGGCCUGAAUGUGAAACUGUAACUUGAGGAACAGCAAAACUCAAAUUAUUAUAAUUGUUGUUUUUAGCUGUUAGAGCUUCUCACAGCACGAGAGGUCCUUUUCUUGGCAUUGCAGUCAUUUUGGGAGCCACUAGUAGUACUAUAAACUGGUUUGAUGGAAUCUGUUGUCAUAUUCAGACACUUGGCAGAGUAUCAGAUAAUGGAGAGCACGAGUGGAUUGUUUUGCUGCUCAACAUUCAGCGAUGACGCUGUUGUAUUCAAGCCAAACAGUGUUUAAAAUGCUGCAAUUUGUUAAUGAUGUGAACUUUGCUCUGCAAAUAUCGGUUGGCUGAAGAACAACAAAUAGUUUCUACUAACAAAAACAAAGGUCUGUCACAAAAGGAAGUGAAUGUAAUUACAAUGUGCCAACUGAAAAGUCUGUAGUAUAUAUUGUACAGUUGAUCUGUGUGUUUUGAUAUGUCCUUGUUUACAGAACUCGAAUAAAAAAGUGAGGUACAAGCUCAGAUCAUGUUUCUGGGAAAUAACAUUUGAGCAUGACAACCUCAUUAU